GUCUCUCCAAAUCAGCCCAGCAGAACGCUCCCCUCCGGCCGCGAUGGUGGUGACCGAGCUCGCGGCGUCCCGCGACGAGGAGGCGGCGGCUCUCCUGGCCUCGGCCGACGCCGGCGACGCCCGCCGCGGCGCGGGCGCAUCGUCGGAGACCCGCGACACGCACCUCCUGAGCUCGGCCUUCUUCUUCGUCUUCCUCGCCUACCACGCCGCCCAGAACCUCCAGAGCACCGUCAACACGGACGGCGACCUGGGGACCAUAUCGCUGGGGUUUCUGUACACGUCGUUCACGGCGUUCUCGGUGGUGGGCUCGCCGGUGGUGCGGCGGAUGGGGUCCAGGCGCGCGCUCGUGCUCGGCACCUCCGGCUACCUCCUCUUCAUCGCCGCCAAUCUCGCACCAUCCUGGUACGUACACACACACGCUACCGACCGCCAUGUCGCCGGCUCCGGUUGCUUCUGCUGUAAUUUCUGUGUCGCCGAAAUCCUGCCGGAGAUCGCCGUCCUUGCCGUCGUUGUUCGCCGCUGCUCGCUGCGCCGAGCGCGGGGAUGGAGCCGCCGUGGUGCCCUCUUCCUCCUCGCUGAACCGGAGCCGGAGCUGCUCAAGAACGCCGCCGCCGCCAAGACGUACCUGGUGCGCCGCCGUGCACGCCGACGACCUCCGCUUCGCCCCGCCGUCGUCUCCAUCCUCCCCAAAUUUUCUCCCUUGACGUGUUCGUCGUUGUGCCACCAGAGGCGCAGCAGCGUCGAUCUUGGUCGAGUUUCACAGUUUCCUUCAAAGGACCGAGCCCCUCUCUUCAAUUGGCUGGCUGGUUACAUCUGCACCAUAGACGCCGGUACCGAGGAGUACGGCGAGGAGUACGACUACUACCCCGAGGAGGAUCGUGCCGGUUUCUCUUCUUCUGACUUGACAGGUACGACAGGUUAUGAGUAUCCACCUGGACACUACUUUGUGGACUACGCUGAGGACGACUACGUCGAGUAGAGAGGACGCUCCUAAGGCAGCAGCCUGGGGCUUGCUGGAUAUGGAUCCGCCUGCUUUAUUUAUGGACUCUUAGUCCCAUUUGCAUCUUGUCUGUACUCAGACGUAUAUUCGCUUCCGCAUGAUGUAUUGAUGUACUGUGGGACAUGUGUCCUCUGAGUGUCAUUUGCUAUCUUGCUCUAUGAGCUUUGCUAUAUACUUAUUUAACUCUUUUGUGUCGUA